CGGGGGCUUUCCCGUCAAGCCUUCAGCUGUGAUUGGUUACCUCUCGGAAUGCUUAUCGUGUUUCACGUGAUGAUACCGGAUUUUUUCCAAUUUUUCCUGAUUAGGCCGAUUGCGGAGCCACGGAGGGGUUCGCGAACUUCCUGUGAUUCAUCCCGCAAUUCUACAGUCUUCGACCUACCCCUCAAUCUACCUCUCACUAGUCACCAAAAUGUGGAAUUCUCGCAAGGUCGGCGUCCUCGGCGGUGGCCAGCUCGGCCGCAUGUUCGUCGAGUCCGCCAACAGACUGAACAUCCAAGUCAACGUCCUCGAUGCGGAGAACGCCCCGGCGAAGCAAAUCAGUUACCACGACGGCCAUGUUACAGGUUCAUUCAAGGAGCGUGAGGCCGUCCGAGAAUUGGCGAACAAGUGCGACGUUAUCACCGCGGAGAUUGAGCAUGUCGACACCUAUGCCCUGGAGGAGGUUGAUUCGCAAGUCCAGAUUGAGCCCAGCUGGCAGGCAAUUCGCACGAUUCAGAACAAGUUCAACCAGAAGGAGCACCUCGCCAAGUUUGGUAUCCCGAUGGCGGAGCAUCGCGAGCUAAUCGAGAACACACCGGAGGAAUUGGCCAAGGCCGGGGAACAGCUUGGCUAUCCGUUGAUGCUGAAGUCGAAGACUAUGGCUUAUGACGGGCGUGGAAACUACCGUGUCAACUCCAAGGACGAUAUCCCCGAUGCUCUCGAAUUCCUCAAAGGUCGCCCAUUAUACGCGGAGAAAUGGGCUUUCUUUCAGAAGGAACUUGCCGUCAUGGUCAUCAAGACUAAAGACUCCGUCCUCUCAUACCCCACCGUUGAGACCGUUCAGGAAGACUCCAUCUGCAAGCUCGUCUAUGCCCCCGCGCGCAACGUCCCCGACGACAUCAACCAGAAGGCCCAGGAGCUCGCCCGUAAAGCUGUCGCAACUUUCGAGGGCAAGGGCGCUUUCGGCGUUGAAAUGUUCCUCCUGAACGACAACUCUCUGCUCCUCUGCGAACUCGCCUCCCGAGUCCACAACUCCGGCCACUACACCAUCGAAGGAUGCGCCCUCUCCCAAUUUGAUACCCACCUCCGCGCCAUCCUCGACCUCCCCAUUCCCCCCGAGAGCGUCCAAAUCCGCCAACCCUCCAUCAUGCUCAACAUCAUCGGCGGCGCCGCCCCAGACACCCACGUCAAAGCCGCCGAAGCCGCCCUCUCAAUCCCCAACGCCGCAAUUCACCUGUACAGCAAGGGCGCUGCGAAGCCAGGCCGCAAGAUGGGCCACGUCACAGUCACGGCGCCCACGAUGCACGAGGCAGAGAAGUACAUCCAGCCCCUCAUCGAUGUCGUCGACGACAUUCGCUCCCAGCGCACCGACAUCAAGACGAAACCCGCCCCGUCUGGCCCCACAAAGCCCGCACCCCAGGUCGCAGUCAUGAUGGGCUCGGACAGUGAUCUCAAGACGUUGGUUCCCGGCCUGAAGCUCCUCCGCGAUUACUUUGGCAUCGAGCCCGCCGUCGAUAUCACCUCUGCUCACCGCACCCCGACAUUCAUGGCAGAGUACUCUGCUUCUGCCGCCGCGCGGGGAAUCAAGGUGAUUAUCGCUGCUGCAGGCGGUGCUGCUCACCUCCCCGGAAUGGCUGCUGCGCAUACCGUUCUCCCUGUCAUUGGUGUCCCGGUCAAGGGAAGCUCCUUGGACGGUGUUGAUAGUCUUCACAGCAUCGUGCAGAUGCCGCGAGGUGUCCCCGUCGCCACUGUCGGCAUCAACAACAGCAUCAACGCUGCCCUCCUGGCCGCUCGCAUCAUCGGUGCGUUCGACCCUGCCAUCCAGCGCAAGGUCGAGGCGUAUGCAGAGAAUGCUCGGGUCGAGAACAUGGAGGUGAAGAACACGAAGAUGCAGGAGCUCGGGUGGGAGAAGUACUUCAACCAGAUUUUCCUACAAACUUGUUUCGAACUACGCCUUGGAGGAUUACUGCACACAAGACGGAUGGUAAGAACGAAGAGGGUACUCGAUUGAAGACUAAUAGUACAGGAAAACGUCACUCUUACAAAAAUCAGAAACCAGUUGGGAAUCAAGAACCAGACGAAACCAAGCGACCGUGACAAUUAGGUAUUCUGUUACGUUAGGGAAGAACAAAGGAAAUAAGGUGUUACACUGCUAGAGAGAAACAGAGCUCUUCACUCCAACUUCAACCCGACCUAGACCGCGAUCUAAGUGGAAUUACGCGGUCUGAGGGUUAAAGGUCGGCUGCACGCCCGCGAUAGCCGAGAUGUCCUGAGCGGGCUUGCCGUUUGCGUGGCCGUUGGCAUGCCCGUUUGCAUGACCAUUAGCAUGGCCAUUGCUCACGACAGGGUUGUAGUGCUUCGUGUGGCCAUUGGUCACUGCGGUACCACCAUUGGCAAGGGCUGGAGCACCACCGGUUACCGUCGGGCCACCGACUGAAGGGCCGCCGUCGGUGAGACGGCCACCGGCUAGGGCACCACCGUUGACGGCGGGCCCUUGAGCGGCAGCAGCGAGACCGCCAGCAGCACCAGCGCCGGUGCCGGCGCCGCCGGUGGUCUGACGAUCACGGAGCUUGCUCUCAGCGGUUUCGUGCGGCUUGCGAGAGAUGUCGUCUGGCUUGGGGAUGUUGCUCGACUCUGAUGCGGAGCCGAUGGUGAAGAUGGGAGAUUCCCAGCGGUCGCCCUUGCGAGCGAGUUCGUCGUACUCCGUGGCCUUGGUGGUGAUGCCACCGGGGAGCUUGAUGUCCGGGAAGAGGGAGCCCUUGAGGGUGGUUGUGGUCUGGACCUUUGUACCGCGCUGGGCGACUUGCUGGGCCUGGCGCUUGCCUUCUUCCAUCUUGCGGCGGAUGGCAUUGAUGUAGCGGUUGUAGAUGUUGGGGGCGUCCUCGGGGUUCUCUUGCACAUGGCUCUUCACGCGCUUGGCUUCCUGGUGGACCUCGUAGGCAAAAGCGUCGGCCUUGGUGAAGGCGUCGCGGAUCUGCUGCUCGAGGACGCGCUGGAUGACGGGGCGGACGACGCGGAAGAGCAUGGGCUUGAAGACGGUGAAAAGGACCUUGUGCUUGGACUUCUUGAGCUUGAUGUCGAUGUCGUCUACCUUGACCGUGACCUUGUCGAGCUUGACGAAGUUCUGGCGGUCCUUCUUCUGCGCCCUGGAUGCGGCGAUCUUGAAGGAGAAGCCCUCGCCGCCGAGGAAGAUGUCCAUAAUACCGGUGUCGGUGAUGGAGGGGAAGCCCUGCUUCUUGUUGAUGUAGUAGCUGACGUCUCGAAGGUCGGCCUGGAUGCCAGACACUGAGAUCAUCAUCUUGUUGUCCUUCUUGUUGCUGAUCUUCUUGCGGCCCCAGCGGAAGUAGUUGUCGCUUCCGAAUUCGACCACAUUGGGCAUGAGGUUGUCACUCUCAAUCACCAGGUUUUCAAUGACCUAUGAUCUUGUUAGCGUGCAUUCCUCCCACCUGGAGAGAA